AAUAUAGAUAUCCUAUAGAUGUCCGCGAAUUCCGUCGACUGUGGCGAUUUCCAAGCGAAAAGAAAGACACGCUUCCAAUUCGACGUCUCUGCGAGAUUCAGACUUCGUCGCAUUUCAUUCGGGAUGGUAUCGAACGAACCGUUCGCGAGUGUCAUCCGCGCGAAUGUCAUGUUGCUGAGAUUCUCGGGUGUGGUAUCGUACAAGGACGGAAUUAUCCGGCGAACAAAUUCGCAAAACGUCCUCAGCGCGAUCGCUUACGGUUGCCUGUUCGCGUACGCGUUCUUAUACACGUACGAAUUCGCGUUGCACACCGUCUACCUCGACACCUGGAUGGAGUCAUUCGCGAUGAUACUCUCCCUCGUGGGCGGGCAGGCGCGAUUCACGCUCGUUCUCCUGUCCCGUAGCAGGUUUCAGCGAUUGCUCGCGAUCUGCGAGGAACUCUGGACGACGUUGAACGCGACCGAGAGGAAAUGCGUGCGCGAUUAUGUGAAACCGACGAGAAGUCUGACUUAUUACUACCUUUUCGGAUGCGCCUUCACCAUCUUCUUCUACGCUGUCGCGAGUCUCUUUAUGGGACAGCACGACGAUUCGUCGAACGCAACGACGAGGACUUUGCCGUACGCUUGUCCGGUCCAGGUUCAUCGGACACCCUAUUACGAGAUAAUGUACGCUCUGCAAUUGAGUAGCAUGAUCAACGUCGGUCUCACCUGCGCCGCUGCGGAUACCCUCGGACCGGUGCUCAUCCUGACCGUUUGCGGCCACUUCAAGGUCCUCAAUUCGCGAAUCUUGAGCCUGAGCGAUCGAGCGUAUUCGAAAAGCUCGUGUCCGACAUCGGAUUCUCUCGAAAUAAUGCGCGGUGUAUCGAGAAAUCGUGUGAAAUCUGAUCUCAAAAACUGUGUACACUAUCAUCAAAUGGUACUCGAGUUUUGCAAAGAAGUUGAGAAACUCACCAACGGCAUCUUUUUAACGCAGCUUGUCGGUAGUACGUACAACGUUUCUCUUGUAGGAUUUAAAUUAGCAGGGGAAGAUCCUGAUAAAUUUAAAUACACAACACAAUUGUCAAUUGCCAUGAUUCAAUUGUUUUUAUGUAACUGGCCGGCGGAUGUUCUUCUCACCGAAAGUCAAGACGUAGCAAGAGCGAUGUACUUUACAUCAUGGUAUCGCUUUUCGUACCAGCUGAAAAGAUCUAUAAAUAUUAUCACGAUGAGAGCUCAGAAACCAACGCAGUUGACCGCCGGAUAUAUCGUACCGUUAUCCUUGCAAACCUUUGCGUCCAUGAUAUCAUCCGCAGCAUCCUUCUUCACCAUGAUACGCAGCAUGAAUUGAUGUUAUUUUAUCAAUAACAUUAGAGAACGAACUGUUUU